AAAAAUCGAAAGGAGACAAGAGACGAGAUUUCCUCAUCAUGUCCCCUCGGACUGUUGAAUAUCUGUCAUUUGUUCAGUGUUUCGAGGAGGAGAUGCGCGGAGCACAUUAACGUGUUGAAACGCCAUUUAACGUUGGACAGCGGAGGCAAGUGGACUUUUCAAAUAGCCUCUUUGCAUCUUUGAUAUGAAAUCUGACGCUGUGAUACAUGCAUUGGCGUAUAAGGGGCCAUCCAUAUUUCUCGGCAUCUAAUUUUUUUCACCAGAGGAGUGAUAUAGCCUGCUCUGACGUCUGCAUCAGAUAUUACCCAGUGCUUUUUCAAUGUGCAUUUUCCCCUCAGUGACUUUGCGCUGAUCUACAUCAUCAGCAGCAGCAGCAACGGGAGAAAAAAAAGGGAAUGAAGAUUUCAUUUUUCUUUUUUUUAAACUCACCGCUCCCCUUCAGCCGACCAGCGUUUCCAGCUCAAACAAAUAUCUUUUAACAACAUCACGUUGUGGAAUAGUCUGGCGCCAGAGGAUCGCUGGAACCAUGCCUCUUCUGCAGAUUUGGACUGGGAAAUUUCAUCCACCAAUUUGAUCAUCAAGAGGCUGCUGCUCAGUCAUUCAUGCCAGUGUUUGUUUUUUUAAGGGGAAGAAUACUUGUCAUCACUUUUAAAAGUAUUGUGUAUGCUGUCUUUGAGCAAGAUGUCUGAUCUUCUGGUGUUGGUCGAGGGGCUCUGUGACCUGCACGGAUUUCCAUAGCCGGGGAAAACAGCGGGGGCCAAUUACGAGAUUUUUUAAAUCAAGAACCCUAUUUUAAUGAAGACAUCGCAUGCGUAGAUGUAGGCUAGUUCAUUCGACAUUUUUAAAAGGCAAUUAUUUUUUAAUUGCCAGCUUUUACUUUGUGCAUUUUCUGGAGGACCACUGGACUGGUUGGAUUAUAGAAACUAUAUAUAAGGAUUUGUGGAGAUGUUGGGUCGUCAAGAAGAUAAAUUAUGUGGAAUUUUCUCUGCUCUGGCGGCUUUGUCCUUCUUCUGCUUUGUUCAAAGCUCUUCCACUGGAAGCACCGGAAUGUCUGUGGCCAAGACCACCGUGGACAAGUUGCUGAAGGGAUAUGACAUCCGUUUAAGGCCUGAUUUUGGAGGUGCUCCAGUCAUUGUAGGAAUGAGCAUCAACAUAGCGAGCAUCGACUCCAUCUCAGAAGUAAACAUGGACUACACCAUCACAAUGUAUUUCCAGCAGAGUUGGCGAGAUAAGCGUUUGGCCUAUGGUGAGCUGAAGCUAAACCUGACUCUGGACAACCGUGUAGCAGACCAGCUUUGGCUCCCUGACACCUACUUCCUUAAUGACAAGAAGUCCUUUCUUCACGGUGUGACAGUAAAAAACCGUAUGAUCCGACUGCACCCGGAUGGCACUGUCUUAUAUGGGCUGAGAAUAACCACCACUGCUGCUUGCAUGAUGGACUUGAGGAGGUACCCUCUUGAUGAACAGAACUGCACCCUGGAAAUUGAAAGCUAUGGAUAUACCACAGAUGACAUCAAAUUCUUCUGGCAAGGAGGAGACAACGCUGUGACGGGCGUUGACAAGUUAGAGUUACCUCAGUUCUCCAUUGUAGACAUCCGCUUGGUGUCCAGGGAGGUCAGGUUUACCACAGGUUCAUAUCCAAGGCUUUCGCUGAGUUUCAGGAUUAAGAGGAACAUUGGAUAUUUCAUCCUGCAGACAUAUAUGCCCUCCAUCUUGAUCACCAUCCUCUCCUGGGUCUCCUUCUGGAUCAAUUAUGAUGCCUCUGCAGCUCGGGUGGCCCUGGGUGUGACUACGGUGCUUACCAUGACAACAAUUAACACCCACCUUAGGGAGACUCUCCCAAAGAUUCCGUAUGUGAAAGCCAUCGACGUCUACCUCAUGGGCUGUUUUGUGUUUGUGUUCCUGGCCCUGCUCGAAUAUGCCUUUGUAAAUUAUGUGUUCUUUGGCCGGGGCCCUGCGCAACAGAAGAAAAUCAAUGAGAGGCUGAACAAAGUCAACAACGAGCGCACAAGAUACGAAGAGAAGCGCCUGAGGGAACAGGACUCCAUUUCCGUGCCGUUUCAAACCAACACCUUCAGGUCAUUUACACAGCGAAGAAAUCUGUAUCUCGAGGAACAAAGAAAAGUUGGGGUGGAUGCUUAUGGAAACAUCCUCCUCACCACGCUGGAGAUGAACAACGAAGUGAUGCCUUCUGACGUGGGAAGCAGCGUCGGUGACUCUCGGAAUUCAGUCAUGUCCUUCGACAGCUCCGGGGUCCAAUUUAGGAAGCCCAUGACACCCCGAGAUGGCUUCAGCCACCACUCGCUGGACCGGAGCGCCAUGCGGAGCCGGGCCAAUUGUCGGCUACGACGACGCUCCUCUAAGCUCAAGUUGAAAAUCCCAAACCUGUCAGAUGUUAGCACCAUUGACAAGUGGUCCCGGGUCAUUUUCCCUAUCACCUUUGGAUUUUUCAACCUAAUCUACUGGUUGUACUAUGUGAAUUGAUGUGCAUCCCACUAGGAAUCAUGGGCCAUAUUUUGAGAGCACAUUAAAUUGGCUUUGAUACAGUUCCAAAAUAUGUAUACACAUAUACAAGUUGAA